CUUGCGUCACCAUCUGUCUAUUGUCACAAAACCAUCGUCACAAUCACUCCUUGUACUUCACCCCCAGAGCUACAGUUACGAUGCAGACGUCGCAGGUGUACGCGGUAGACCGCGUGUACGGCGACCUGCAGCCGCAGUUCGUGGCCAAGGACGUGCUCAAGGCUCUGUCCCAGCUGGAUGCCGUGGUGGGGGACGUGUUUAACCGCCUGGUGCAUAAAGUUUCGCAGGAGAAGGAGCGUGUAGCCGCUGUGGACAAGCGCAUCCAGGUGUGUCAGGCCAAGGUAGACGCGCUCACGGCUCGCCGCACCAGCAACAAACCCACUACUGUCUUCUCCACUUCCAAGUAUCCGGCGCCCAAGCAGCUACCGCUGCCCAAGACACUCUUCCACGACAAACCGUACGCUGAUGCCCCACCGCUGGUGCCUGAUGCGGACGACGACACGCACUUCCUGCCAGCCGAGCCGCUUCCCCCUGCGCAAAGAGGACAACACGUGGCUGAGGUGGUGGAGCUAUUCGAGAAGGUUAAUGAGUACCAGAAGACGCAGCAACCGGAGGCAGAUAUGGAGAAGGAAGGGCUGGGUAGAUUACCUGAGUACAUCCCGUCCGUGGGCAGCGUACUGCUUUUCAACUCCGGGGAGAAUCCGUACCAAAAGUACACGUCGUGGGAUAAUCUAUUGGGUACGGACUAUGAAGAAGAAGAAGAGAAGCGGAAGGAACUGGCCAAGGCUCCACGCACGAUCGAGUACGGAGACGAACUGCCGGCCGUGCACGGACUCAAUUACGAGUUCCACCCGUCGAUGGGCACCAUGCCCGACAUGUCGGCGAAGCUGCCGACGAACUUGCCGCUCGAGAAUAUCGCCGACUACAAGUACGCGCAAGAGAACAACACGUCCAUCGCGCCGUCCAUGUUCCAGGACAAAACGUUGCCGGAUUUACCUGCAGUUGCAAACUUUGAGGAGGGACCUGUUGCUCAGGAGCCAUCGGAGCAGAAUUUCCAGGUGGGCCCGGUCGACGGUGCUCCUCCCCCGCCUCCACCGGCGCCUACUGUGGACUUCACCAAGAUCGAGGAUGAUGCUCCACCCCCGCCGCCUCCUCCUCCUCAAGAAGACGAUGAAGAUGAUUCUGCUCCACCUCCGCCCCCACCACCAAUGGCCAAUGGAGAAGAUGAAGAUGCGCCGCCACCUCCACCGCCGCAAGAGGACGGACCCCCAACACCAUCAGCCCCGGAGGAAGACAAUCAGCCACCGGUCGUCAGCUUGCUGGACCAGAUUCGAAACCCCAACAUUAAGCUCCGAAAGGUGGACCCGGAUGAAAAGAAGGCAGACCCUAUCGCGAAGACAGGAGAGACCGCUAAUAAACCGCUGACGAUCGCUGAAGAAAUGCAGCAGAGAAUGCUGCGGCGGCAGGCUGCUAUCAGCGGCAAGCAGGACCAGAUGGAGCAAAGGCGCGAGCGAGAAAAGGCUGCUGCGAAGCCUGUGACAGUGCUGACUGCGAAGGAAGUGACCGCUCCAGUGCAACCUCCGCCGCCCCCUCCUCCAUCCGACGGACAGCAACACAAUAAACUACCCACACUGGCCAUGUCAGACGACGGCAGCGACGAUGACCGCGGCCACUUUUCUGACGACGACAAGUCCAACGACGGUGACGAUUUCUUGGCCCAAAUCCGAAACAUCAAGAGGAAGCAGGAAGAGGGCCCUACUCAGCCAAAGCAACCGGCACCACCCCCGAAGACGGAAGAUGUCAAAAACCCAGUGGCGAACUUUGAAUCGCAAAUGAUUGGACUACGGAACCGUGAAGAUUCUCUAAGCAUGUCGGAAGCCUCAGACUGGUCGGACGACUAAGUGCAUAGGAUACACGCGAAGUUACACUGAUGGCUUCUUCAGGUCGAAUGUUGCAGCUGUCACGAAUCAAUCUUGGUAUCGCCAACGUUUUGCCAGUCUGUUUCGUGUGUUGAUGAUCGCGGUGUUUGUAUCUAGAUUCGUCGUGGCUCCUUCAUUGUCUGCUGACUCGUUGUUCUUCAAGUGACAGUCACAGGUGAUACGACCACAUCUAGAGCACAUAGCAGAGUCUGGAUCUUCUCGGAGAUCGGUCUUCGGCAGGCGAUAGUGAAACGAGUACUCCUGAGUGAUCCCGUGCAUCUUCUGGACUGCCUCGUUAAACCCCUGGAGGAUGCUGGAAUCGCGCUUCAUCUCCAUCAUCACCUCGCUCUGCUUAGCUCGUGACUUAGCUGCAUCUUCAAUCGCUUGCUCCAGUUUGCGCUUGAUGAACUGCUUCUUCUCAAACGCCAGCACGCCCAGUUCUUCCACUUGGCGUUUAGCGAGCGUCUCCUUCUGUAACACUUGAAGGUCUUUGCGCUCACGCAUAAUAACAUGUUUGCGCACAUUCCGCGUGCCCCAACGAAUACGCUGCCGUCGAAUCCUCCGAGAUUUUUCUUCAGCAAACAUCGCACCCGCUCGUUGUAGCUCCAUGUCGCGAUAAGCCUCGAGUUCCAUGGUUUCGUUUAAGAUGCACUCUUCCAUGUCGCGCUCCAGAUCUUCCAGCUCAACACGCAAGUCAUCGAUCUCCUCCUCAUACUCCCGUACCUGUUGCUUCUUGGAAAGAAUAUCUUCCAGACUGAGCUCAAGACUGAAGUGCAGUACAUGUUUCUCAGUCUCGAAAGCUUCACCCCACCCUCGAUCCAUGUCUUCUUCAGUAAGUUGGCUCAAUUCUUUUUCAACUACC